AUGUUCAACUUUCUUUAUUUCAACAGAAAUAACAGGUUCGGCUCAACAGGCUUCACCAACGGUGGCUUCAACAGAUUCCCCACCAGCACCACCAACCCCUUCAGACAAACUAGCGCUUUCAGGACACCUUUCUCUCCUAGGCCAACCUCAGCUCCUGUAUUCUCAAGACCCAGUAGUAGUCUCAGCCACUUCAGCAGUGGUACAAGCAGUGGUAGUCGCUCAGCAGGACCUAUCAGCAGCAGCAGCUCUAUCCUGCUCGAUAGAACAAACUUCAACUCUCUUCAUCAGCCUUUCUCUAACAGUAUACCAAGCAACAGUGUCUUCAGUAAGGUCACCAGUGGUCCCGGAAAGGUCUCCAGCAACAGAAAGAGCUCUUCAGUGUCACCCUUCAAGAACCUGCCCUCGAGCAUCAACUGGCCUGGUGGUAACGGAUAUUUCUUCAGCAUGAGUACCCAGGGAGCUCGACCAACCACUUACUUUAUUAGUUUUGAUGACGAUGAUUAGUUGUCAACCUUCCCUUAACUUACCAUCAUGAUGUAUCCCUUACCAUGAUAAUGUAUGCCUUGCCCUAAUAAUGUAUCCCUUACCUUAGUGUCUCUCUUACCCUGAUUAUGUAUCCCGUACCUUGAUGUAUCCCUUACCCUGGUGAUGUAUCCCUUACGCUGAGUGCCCCCAGUCUAUCUGCAACACCGAAGGAGACACUGGCUUGAGAAAUAGAAAAUACUGAACUUAAGUUAAAUGAAUCAUACAGGAGCCAGGAAACACAGAAAGAAUUUAAAGCAAUAAAUGAAAAUGAAAAAAAUCCAAAA